AUGUCUAAUGCACACGACUAUGCACAGGAGCUAAAGCCGCAAAUACAGUCAAGACGUACACAGUCUUCCGUUACAUUUACAUCUGUAGGGAUGCCGGAGAGUAAUGGGAGAGAUGCCGAGACGAGGAGUGAAGCACUCUUCUCAUUACCACCACCACCACCACCACCACCACCAGUAAUAACAGCAAAUGAUGAGUGGAAUCCAUCCAGUACUACUAAUCAUAAACGUACAAGGAAUCAUAAAAAAAGAAAAGAAGAAGAAGAAGAACACAAAAGAAAACAUUUCACUAUUCCAAGAGCACCACCACGUAAUUUGCGUUUACGCGGGGAUGCUACUCAAUCCAUUGGGAACGUAAAUGAAAAUCGAAUUGGGGGAUCUGGAAUUGCGGGAUCUGGUAUAGAUCAGACCCUAUUAAAAGAACCUCCAGAACUUCAAAUUGAAGUUAUUUCACCAUUUGUUGCCAAAUUUAUAUUAUAUAUGUGGUAUGCUUUAUUAAUAGCGGCUGUAGUUGUAGAAUGUAUUGGUUCUCUCUCAUGGGGAUUAGCGAAUAUUUGCGGUGAAGAUAUUCACGAUUUGCGAAACUACGAUCAAUGGACAAGUCCAUGUAUUUCAGAAAAAGUAUUAAAUGAUACCACCGGUUUAUAUAGUAUUGUUUGGGAAGGAGGACCCUAUGGUAGAGAUUUUGAUGAUCGAUUAGUGCGUUUUCCCAAUCUUGUGAUUAGUUUCGCAUCUCCUGAUAAUUGGGGAGAAACCAUUGAAAAUCUGCAGGUGUUUAACUUGGAAGCUCAUAUCCCGGGAUCUCUGAAUUUUGAUCGCGUAACGGCAUUACCACUCACAAUAACAUGUGGGAGAUCUUCAGAACGUUGUGAUAAUGCGGAGCUUCCACCAACCGUUGUUUUGAAUACCACAGAUAUUCAAAAGAUGUCUUUAAAACUUCUUAAUAUCCCUGCCACCUUAGAACAUGGAGUAAAUAAUUCAUCUAUAGGGAUUUUAUAUGAGAAGCGUCCAUAUGGAUUGGGAUCUUUAGUUUGGCGAUACGUAUUUUUGUUUCUGUCAUUUCUACAUUUGGUUCGCUUUAUUGUUUAUUUAAAAUUUACCAAUACACUCUAUGAACAGACUUGGGUUAUUGUAUUACAGUUAGCACUCUUUUGGUAUCUUAAUCCUCUUUCUGUUGUAAAGGUUCUUUCGACUCGACCUUCAUUGGUGUUAGAGUUUCUGGAAUACCGUUUUCCAACAUGGUUUAUGGCUGUUACGGUUGGUUUUAUGUUUGCUGCUAUUACAGCAUCAAUGUCAUGGAUUCCAUCUUCUGCUGAAGAGAGAGAAGCUGCAAAGAAUCUAAGAAGUUUUAAAGGGAUAAAGGCUUUUUUACUUUUAAGCCGUAGUAUAUUUGAUCCACCUAUUUGGACAAAGAUGAUAUCCAUAAUGUUUAUUCUCAUUAUUGUGGCAUUAGAUAUAGCUGAUAUGGCUUGGCGAAAUGAAGUUUUUAUGCCUAGAGCAGGUGCUCGUUCAAGUGCUAUUCUCUUUAGUAUCAUUAGUAUUCUUUUCUUUGGAGCUGUUGUUUGUUGUAUGUUACUCUUCCACUUAAAUAGUAAUCUUGGUCAAAAAUCAUACUUGGACUCUCGUCCACAACAACUUGCCUGUCGUGUAUUUAUUAUUGUUUUUGUGGCGGCCAUUCUUUUUUACGUAUUUCAAAUCACUAUGUUUUUCACCCGCUACGCCACUAUUCCAGGAAUGGCGGCAACACAACCGUUAAUGCAACUCCCAGCGGUGAUGGUGGCAACCUUUCUUGUGAACAUCAUGACACUCGUCUACACAACACACAACCGAAGUUCUCUGGUGCCUGUGAACCCGCGGGAUCAGCGAUGGAAGUAUAUGGUGUGGCCAAACACGUGGUAUCGUUGGCUUUCUCGCCAUGGUGGGAGUAUGUAUAUUUUUCACACGGAAGAGGAAGAAUUAACGUUUAAUUGGAAUCAAUACGCUUUUCGUAUGCGGCAAUAUAUGGCUAAAAAUAAAAGAAAAGUUCCAGGAAGAGCACGUCAUGUGCGUUCGGCAUCUCAGGAAGUGACGUCUUCUCCACCGUUUCAAACUCGAGGGGCUAUUCCAAAUACGGAUACAAAUGCAGAAAGAAAUAAUAAUAGUUUUAAUUUGACUGCACGACAAAAUGCGUCUUUUAUUACUUCUGGUCAAUAUGAAGAUACGGCCGUUUUAAAUAUGGACAGAACCUGUACGUUUUUCCUUCCUGAACAAACUCGUCGUAAUGGCGUAAGUUCUGCCCGUCCUAGUCCUCGAAAUUUCUCUUUUUCUUUAGACUGUGGGACGGAAGAUAACACAAGUGCCCUUUUUUGUCAUCCUUCGGAUUUACAACACAGUUUGGUGGUGAAUUCGCAAGAGCCAGCGGCCAAUACACAAGUGGUUGUACCUUCUCACUUUUCAGAUUAUAUGCGUUUGCAGGACUCUAUCAGACGACAACCGAUAGACGCUGGAGAAUCACCGCAAAGUGCUCCGAAUAAUGUAGAAUCUCCAAUGGGUCAUACAACCAGAGAUUCUGAUGGUGAGAGAAUGGCAAUUCUAAUGCGUGCAUUGGGGCUUGCGAGGAAAAAACUAAAUUCACUCAUGAGAACAGCAGAACGAACAUUUAUUUCGGGACCUGUUCAUGCCUUUGAACACAUGGAGACAGCCUUCUUAGAUACCGCUUUGCGUCCCUUUCUAGACCGUGAGUAUCUUCCUUUCUUUAAUCUUGAAACUGCGAUUGACUGCUUUAACUUGUCUUGGGAAGCCUAUGGUGCUUCUCAGAUGAUGAUGAGAAGAAUGAGACGAAUGGAACCAAUGAAUAUAUUUGGAUUAUGUUGUGGGUGUUGCAGUCCAUCCUCUUCUUCUUCUUCAUCUUCUUCGGAGACGGAAUUUGAUACCAUGCCUCCUCCUCCUACAGAUGAUAGUGGGAACCAUGUUAAUACGAAUAUUCCACAACCUAUUAAUGUGGAACGAUAUGGUUAUCGUCUUCGAUUAGUUAUGGAAGCAUUAGAUGUACAAGUGGUAAUAUCAUCCUGGGACGGUUCGAAUAAAGAAGGAGAACAUAAAGCUCCACGUAUUGUGAUUGCUUUUCGUGGUACGGCAAAUGUAAGAAAUGCAAGACAAGAUUUACGUUUACGUCGUGAGGUGUGGGAUGAAAUGCCAAAGGAAGACACCAAAACAUUUAGACCUCUAUGGGGAAGAGGAAAACCAACUGUACAUGUUGGAUUCCUUUCUAUUUGGAAAGCACAUCGUCAAUCUAUUCAUGAUGCCGUAUGGGAAUUUCUCUCUUCUAAUCCUUCCACAGUCUAUCGUAUUUACUGUACUGGUCAUAGUUUAGGUGGGGCCCUCGCGAGUCUUUGUGCAUAUAGUUUGCGCAAAAUGUUAGUUGAAAAAAAAUAUCCCCUUCCUGAAGUAACGGUGUAUACAUUUGGACAACCACCGCUGGGGAACAAGGCAUUUCAGGUUGCAUAUAAUAAAGCUAUACCACGUACCUUUCGUGUUGUGAAUGAAAGUGAUGCGGUUGCUUUGAUAGAAUUUUAUGGUUCUCAUAUUGGAGUUGAAGUGGAUAUUGAUCGUAAUGGGAACUAUAUUUGCAAGCCAACAUACAUGGAACGACUUUUCCGUCCUGUGAAAGGGAAAGGUUCUGCCGUUGAAAACCACCUUAUGGGAAAUUACUCGGCGUCUUUGAAUGCUAUUGCGAGAGGAACGAAGUGUCCUACCACAGCCUAUGAGGAAAACACCUCGGAACUGUGA